AUGAUUAAUUGUAAUAAUGUCGAAAAUUUAACAUUAAUUGAAUUAAAUCAAAUGUUACUAACAGAUAGUUCAAUUACAGAUAUUUAUUUUACAAAUAAUUAUAUUGAAAAUCUCAAUAUUUUAUUAAAUUUAAAUACAUCUCAAACACUUGUCCGAUUAAGUUAUGCAUCAAACAGGAUACGUACAAUAGAUAAACACUAUUUUGAUAAUAUGCAAUCAUUAGAAUUACUUAAUCUCGAUUAUAAUCAACUUGAAUCCGAUUCUAUACGUUCAUUAAACUCAUUAAAAAUGUUAAAACGUUUAUAUUUACGACAAGCAUUUGUCUGGAGUAUGACAGGACCAGAUAAUAAACAAUUAAUUGAAUUUUUAAAUGUUAUUAAAGAAUUAUCAAAUAAUUCUUAUUUAGAAGAAUUUCAUUUAGAAUCAAAUAAAUUAAAAACAAUUGAUUCUUUAUGGUCUAAAAUUGAUUUUCAUUGUCUAUUUCCAUUUUUAAAACUUUUAUUUUUAUCAAAUAAUACAUUUAAUGAUAUUUAUCUUCAAACAUCGUGUCCUACACAAAUAAUGAUGAUUAAUUUAAUAUCAAAUCAAAUUAAUUCUAUUUCUCAAAAUGGAAUUCAAUCAUUAGAAAAAUUAAAAAUAAAUCAAAAUCAAUUUUAUUUAUUAAUUGAUUUUAAUCCAUUUAUUUGUAAUAAUUGUAAAACAAAAGAUUUUAUUCAAUGGUUUAGAAAAACAACAAUUAUUCAAAAGAAUAUGCAUGAAUCGGAUGCUUAUUUAUGUUCAAUGAAUCAAACAUUAUUCGAUGUUAAUAUUGAUCAAUGUCAUCAAACAACAACAACAACACACAUACAAUUAAUAAUUUUAUUAAUAUCAUCAUUGUCAAUAACAUGUUUCAUUCUAAUUUUAUCAUAUUUUAUUUAUAAUUGGAAAAACGUUAAAUUAAGAACACGUUCGACAACUGUCAUCUCCUAUUUGGAUCAAAAUUCAACAUAUGAACAAUAUGAUGACAUUGAAGAUAAUGUAAAAUUAGUUAAAAAUUAA